UUGCCCCACGUGGCGAACACAGACCCACCUCACUAGCCACCACCACCUUAUUACCACCGCCUUUCAAGUUUGAACCCCACAAAUUCCACCAUUAAAUUAAAGUUUCAACUUCACUAGUUACGUUACACAUAAAACUCAUGGGUGUUGCAGCUUGUCUUUCCGACCUUUACGAGUCAUGUCACGAUGGCCAUGCCUCCAGGAACAAACUUAAGAAACGCAACCAGCUCCAGACGGUGGAGAUAAAGGUAAAGAUGGAUUGUGAAGGGUGCGAGAGAAGAGUCCGGAAGUCCGUUGAAGGCAUGAAAGGGGUGACUUCAGUAGAAGUUGACCCAAAGAAAAGCAAGCUAACGGUGAUAGGGUACGUGGAUCCAGACAAGGUGUUGCACAGAGUCCGCCAUCGGACCGGAAAAAAAGCCGAUAUGUGGCCGUACGUGCCUUACGAUGUGGUGGACCAUCCUUAUGUGCCCGGGGUCUAUGACAAGAAGGCGCCGCCGGGGUUCGUGAGGAACACGGCGGAUGUGGAUCCUCAGACUGGGAGUUUGGCUCGGGCCAGUUCUACUGAAAUUAGGUAUACGACCGCAUUUAGUGACGAAAACCCUACGGCUUGUACGGUUAUGUAGUGGGUUAAGUUGUUGCUCUUUUACGUAAAUAAGUUUGAUUGUUUUGAAUGAUGUUUUUUUCUGUCAAUUUUUGUAUCUUGUAUUAAUGGUUUGUUCAAGUCUUAAAUGCCAUUUUUAUUUUGUUUUA